AUGGCCUGGUCUGCGCAGUUCACGGAUCAGCUGUGCUGGCGUCUCAAAGCCUUAGGGGCACCAAAGGUCCUGCUAUUUGCUGUUCUCCUGACGACUUGGACUGUCUUUGAUUCAAAGAGCUGGCAGGAUGAAACCCGAUUCCGCUUUGUUGAAAUGUUCGCUGGACAAGCUGAAGUUACCCGUAUGUUUCGCUACGCCUCCAUGCCUGCAGCACGACUUGAUUUGAAUUAUAUGGAAGCUCAACCAGAUCGCAUGAACCCCAUGGACUUACUCAGUGAUGCUGGCAUGGUGACAGCAUUGGCUGUGAUGCUACGGGGGGAUUCAUUGGAAGGAUGGCGGGACUUCCUUCGAAUGCUGAGCAACCAUGGUGGUCCACAUUGUGUACACAAAACUACCUGGUAUAUGUUGCACUAUGGUGGUGCGUCACCCAAGCCUUUGUUUGGGUUCAGCAACUCCAAACACGUUGGAAAGCUGAACCAGGGAAGGUUACAGGGUUGGGCCACCAAAAAAAAAUCUCUCAAGGAGAAAGGAACACACAAAGACCUUGUCAUCAAGUAUGUGGAUUCUAAUGGCAGAAAACGAUGGAAAGGAAGCCCGGAUCUACGUAGCUCUGAGAGUUACCCUCCGAAAUUCGGCUUGAAACUGGUCGAGCUAUUCCAUGACCUCAUCAAUGAUAAGUCGGGAAUGCCUGAACUACCAUCUUCUCCGUUGCCCUCGUCGGAGGAAACAUUCCGUUCGAUGGACUUUGACGAUGUUUGGACCGAAGCCAGCAUGGUGUCAGUAUGUCACUACUUGAGGGCUGGGUGUCAUUUGAGGAUCCCUGAAAAAUUUAGAGACCUUUUGCCCAAGAAACUUUGA